AUGUAUAUCAAAAUGAGUUCAAAAUCUAAUUCAUCUGGUGUUAAGAAGGCUUCAUUAUUUUUUGUAGGCUUAAGUUUAUUGCAACCUUUGCGUGUGGCUUUAAAUGCCGCCGUUUUUUCUAUUCGAAGGUUUGAGAUUAAUGAAUACUUUUUGAGCACAUAUGUAAAUAAAAUCCACAAUUCUAUGGAAUUAGCCUGUUUUCUUGGCGUGUUAUUAAUGAACAUUUAUGUCUUGAUAGGCAUCCCUGGAACAGAUGCAGUCGCCGUUGCAGUAAACUGGUUAACAUGUGUUAUGAACCUUUUGCUUUUAUAUUCUUACACUAUGGAUGGAUAUAGUGGCAAUUUGAGUGUAUUUUACUGGGUGUUGGUUUUUUCAGCACUGGCAUACGGGCUCAAUCAAAUUUGCGUAUUCAAGUAUGCGGGAAAAGAUGUUCCAUUCUUCAUUGCCGCCAUACCCGUUUCCGGAAUUCUUGUGUCAAUAUACCACUUUGUAUUCCUACAUUUUUUUGAAGGCAAAGGUAUCGAUAUCGACUACUGGAUCGUCAUUGGGCAAAUUGGAAUUGGAGCGGUUAUAUCAAUCGUUUCCUCAAUAUUGUGGUCUAUAGCAUUUGGCCAGGCAGAUUGCCCUGCCAUUUCUACCACUACCACUACUGGAGAAAAUGGGAAAAAUGAGAGCUUUGGUGCGAUCAAAAAUGCAAUAUCCCCAAUGUUAAUGUGUGCCGUAGGACUUGGUCUAGUGUAUGCAGUAUACCCGGGUAUAGCGCCAUAUCAGUUAGUUGUAGUGGAGCAUGCACACAAAAUAGACAUGAUUGUGAUGAUACUAUGUGCUUUUCCUGCAGCGAUUAUUUGUCUGAUAUCGGAAUUGACCACAGGUGGACCCAAUCAAAAAUGGGAAGGUGGAAUAGCAUUCUGGCAUUUCACGUGGGUUUUCGCCAUAAUUUAUGUAAUGUGCCCAGUUUUAUUUCUGAUAAGUUUGCAUUAUAAAACUUCUGCAAUCUCCCGUGCGAUUAUCGGGAGACCAGUAGUGGCUGGAAUAUUGACCGUUACCUUUGUCUUUUGUCAAAGUGUUUUAAUAACGAUUGGAUUUAGCGGUGUUGACGCAAAUUCUAACGGUAAAGUUGCAGCCUUUAAUACGCUAUUGGCCCUCCUUAUCAUGAACAUUUUUGAAUUCCUCGGUGAUGGUUAUGUAACGGCUUACAGGAGUUAUAGUAGGAAAGAAUGGCCCACGGAUGGUUUGAGUAAUUAUGACGCAGUUUUGUUUUGGUUAUCGCGUGCUUCAAUUAAUGCAGUAUCUAGUGUAAAAUCUUCAUUUGCUCUCGACAUAAGAUCACAGUUUGCUGAUCCAAUGUAA